AUGUCUUCUCAACCAAGCAAGGCUUCGGAGGUAAACAUCCUCGUCCCCCCUUCCACCUUGCAUCUCGCCACCUCUUUCUACGGCACCACCCUCGGCCUUAUUCCCCGGCCCGUCCCGGCUUUGCAACAAGGCACCUUGGCUUGGUUCGAUUUUUCUUUGCAAGAGUCAGGUGUUCAACAACAACAACAACAACAGCUGCAUUUUGCGCUAGGUCGACCCGAUAUCGAUUUCACGCCCGAGGCUAGAAAUGCCGAUAGACACCCUUGCUUCCGAGUGGGGAACGCGGAGAAACUGAAAGAACUGCAGGAGAGGAUUUGGGAGCAUUAUAAGCGGGGAGGGGAAGGGGCGCCGAUGGAGUGUGAUGAGCCGGGGACGGUGGGGAGUGGUCAUCAGGGGGUGGAGUACCCAAAGAGAUUCUUUGCGAGGGACUAUGCGGGGAAUAGGCUGGAGUUCAGCCUUUAGUUCUCUUAAGUGUGAGGUGCAAUGGAAGUGAUGGAGGACGACGGGAUCAGAGGGUGGACCAUAUCGAGACGAGACUUCAGUUACAUGCAGGGACCGGGUAUACGCUGUUAAUGCAUGUCUGACAGAUGCAGUCUACUUGGGGCAUCUCCAUCUUUCACGGAAAAUCAACGUUUCUUCGGGUACGGGACGUCCUGCCAUGCUAACUGGACCCAUC